AUGAGGGACGGCACGCCCAUCCUGAUCCUCGACGGCGGCCUCGGCACGUCGCUCGAGGACAAGUACGGCGUCGUGUUCAGCGAGCAAACACCGCUAUGGUCGUCGCACCUGCUCGUGGCCGACCAACAGAAGCUGCUGGCCUGCCAGUCCGACUUCGCGCAGGCCGGCGCCGACGUGCUGCUGACGGCCACGUACCAGGCGUCGAUCGAGGGCUUCGCGGCCACGCGGACGGCGGAAUGGCCGCGGGGCGUGAGCAUCGCUAACGUCGGCCAGUUCCUCGAGGACGCGGUGCUGAUCGCGCGCCAGACGGGCGCGCCGCGCGUCGCCCUCUCGCUGGGGCCCUACGGGGCCACCAUGGUGCCGUCGACCGAGUACAGCGCGCGGUACGACGGCGAGCACGACACGGCCGACAAGCUCGAGGACUGGCAUACGCAGCGCUUCAUGCUGUUCGCCAAGGUCGCCGGCCUGCUGCGCGUCCCCGACUACCUCGCCUUCGAGACCAUCCCGCGCGUCGACGAGAUCCUCGCCAUCCGCCGCCUGCUGGCGGCGCAGUCGCACCUCCUUACUCGGUUUGGCGAGUUUUCGAGAACGGGCAUGAGCGCGUGGAUAUCGUGCGUCUUCCCGGGCGACGGCGAGACGCUGCCCGACGGGACGUCGGUCGAGGAGGUCGUCGUCACCGCGCUAAGCACCGAGGUAGCAUCUGUCGUGCCCUGGGGCAUCGGCAUCAACUGCACAAGGGUCGCUAAGCUGCCGGGCCUGCUCAGGAGGUUCGAGUCUGCCGUCCAGGCGCUUGUCGACGCCGGGGGUAUCGUCAAGUGGCCGAGCCUGGUGCUGUGUCCCGACGGCACCAACGGCGAGGUCUACAACACCGCUACUAAGACGUGGGAGUUUCCAGAAGAAGAGAAAACUUCACGGACUCCAUGGCAAGAGCAGAUUUUUGAAGCUGUCAAGGGGACCCGGGCCCGCGGCAAGUGGGAAUCCAUCUUGGUCGGCGGCUGCUGCAAGACCACCGACUCCGACAUUGAACGCCUCCGGUGGCUCGUUGAAGAAGAGGUGGGAGGCUCAAAUGGAACGACAGAGGUUGAAGAGACAGCCUCUGGGAGUAUGGCGUGA